UGGGACUUGGUCUGUGCUGACAAACACCUCAAUCAAGCUCUUGCCACCUACUUCUUCCUCGGUGUCACGUUUGGAGCCAUUCUCUUUGGACUGCUCUCAGACAGGUUUGGACGUAAAUCCAUGCUUCUGGUGGCUUUAAUAGCCACUACCCUGCUAGGAGCCACAUCAGCCUUCUCCACCUCCUACAUCAUGUUUGCUGUCUCCAGAGUGUUCUCUGGUGUGGCCCUCAGUGGGAUGUCCAUCAUUGGGGUGGUGCUGGGCAUCGAGUGGACAGACGUCAAGCACAGAACAUUCACUGGAACCAUUAUGAGUCUCUCGUGGAGCGUUGGGAACAUGUUUCUGGCUCUCCUGGCCUACCUGAUCCGAGACUGGAGGCACCUGAUGAUGGCAGUGACAGUGCCCUGCAUUGUUGCCAUYGUCUCCUGGUGCUGGUUGCCCGAAUCAGCUCGCUGGCUGUUGGCUAAUGGAAGAACAGAGACAGCCAAGAAAUAUCUGGUUCAGUGCGCAAAAAUCAACAGGAGGGAUGAAUACACAUCAAAGUUGGACCUUGAGGUUCUGAGGAAAGUAACAGUGUCUGAUGUUGCAGAGAAGAACCACACCUACUUSGAUCUGGUCAAAACCCCUCAACUGAGAAAGAUCACCCUGUGCUCUGGGUUUUUCUGGUUUGCAGUCUCCUUCCUUUACUAUGGCAUCAGUUUGAAGAUCUCAGGUUUUGGUGUCAACAUAUACCUCACUCAGUUCAUAUAYGGCAUCAUUGAAAUUCCUGCCAAAAUCCUCACCUAUUUUGUCCUGGACCGGAUUGGUCGACGGAACUGCCAGGCGUGGUUUCUGAUCACAACAGGAGCUAUGAUUGGAAUAAACACAGCCAUACCUUUAGAGUACUCUGUGGUUCGAACAUGCAUUGGUGUGAUGGCAAAGGGUUUUUCUGAGGCAGCAUUCACCACUGCUUUCCUCUACUCAGCUGAACUCUACCCAACGGUUCUCCGGCAAAGUGGUUUAGGUUACACCUCAUGUCUUGGUCGGAUUGGAAGUUCCCUGGCUCCAAUGGUCAUGCUGCUGGAGGACGUCUGGACUCUUCUUCCCCCCAUGGUCUUUGCUGGGACAGGGAUUGUCAGUGGCAGCUUGGUUUUUCUGCUUCCAGAGACACUCAACAUCCGACUGCCUGAAAACAUCUUGGAUGUUGAGGAGGAAAGACACAUGAAGAGUGAUGAACAGAUUGAGCUGAAACCAGUGACCUGUAACAACAUGAGCUGACUGCAACAAGCUGGGGACAUUUUCCCAAUAAUCCUUGAUAAUUAAAACGUGAUUUUUGUGGUUGCCUGUGGGAA